CCUCUAGUAGCGUAGCCAAUUAAAAUGCAGGAUUUGCAUUAGUCCACUAGUUGGGUGAUACUAAUCAUUGUUUAAACUUUUAGUUAUACUGUGUGUCCUUGACACCCCGUAUACUUUAGGUCGCAUUCUUUAUCAGAGAAUUAAAAAGAAUCAGAAAGAAAGAACGUUUUGGCCUGCAGGGAUCGAGUUUUUGCCCAAAUCGUGCGUACAUACGUAUCACAAUUACACGGAUGAUUGACGCAGCUGCCUUAGGGUCAAAGGAAGUUUGUUCAACACAGUCACGAAAAUGUACAGAAUCAAUAAAGAACUUAAUAGAGUGGUAUUACUCUACAUACUCUGAAUACUAAAUCUUUGAUGCGUCUUGAGUCAUAGGCAAUCUUUAUGCAGUCGUAGAAGUAGGGAGGAUUUGAUAUGAUCCACGGUCACCAGUCCUCACCACCGUCUCUUACUUGUGAUUCCUAUGCUCUCCAAGGGUUACUGCGUGCCGGCAUACCUUAAUAAUGCAGCAACUCUCAUUACUUUCGGAAUUAGCAGCCUUUUGGACACGCUAUUUUUGGGGUUUUUUACUAUUGUAGUGUCGUUAGAUUCGAAAGUUUACGAUAUACUUAACUUGCCAAGUAUAGAAUGACGUCAUAGCACACACACAAAAAACAAGAGACAUAAGUCCUUCAGUCGAAAUGUGAUGUAGUAGAUGUGCUCGUGACUUUAUCGAGCUACAUUUGAACAAGGAUCAAUUAAUUGACAUCACAACAGUCACAGCAGAUCACUUUUUAUAGCUUUACGCAUGAAGAUCAUCUGUGCAGGAUAUGGAAAAACCGGUACUAAGUCAAUCGCCAAAGCCUUGCGGCACCUCGGGUUUACGGUGUUCGACUGGGAAGAGCAAACGUUUGACUUCCUAGAUCACUGGGUUGAUGUUUUUCAAACUGGCGCCAAACCUGAUGUGAAGCGAGUUUACCAGAAUGCUGAUGUAUGUGUGGAUACGCCUGGAAAUUUCUUCUUCGAAGAAAUACUGGAAGCCUUUCCUGAGUGCAAAGUGAUUUUGAGCGUAAGAGAGGAAGAUUCGUGGAUAGAAAGCUAUGUGCGUCAAUUGGAAUUUAUACAUGCUAUGCGAUCCAACAUUGUCUCCAUGUUAUCGCCAACCUCGAGGAAAUUCGAUUACGUUUUGGAUUCGUUCCUUACUGCCGCCGGUGGAUCUAUUAACCCCAAGUCCACCUAUGUUAUAAGAAAGCGAUGUCGUAUCCACAACCACCGUGUGAAGUCCAUUGUUCCCUCUAACAAGCUGUUAGUGUACAACGUAAAACAAGGAUGGAAGCCAUUGUGUGAUUUUUUGGAGUGCAAGGUCCCUACUAUUGCCUUCCCACAUGAAAAUAUCAAAGCUGGGAUUACUAAGACGAUUCCCUUUACCAGACUUGGCCAGAAGGUGAAUUCGGAAGUGGAGAGAUAUCGUAUUUUGUGGAUCGGUUCACUUAUAAUUAUUAUAGUAGCAAUUCUGGCCAUCUGUUUAAAUCGUUGAAGCUGGCCUAGCUAAGGGUGGAAAAUAUGAUUACUCUAUUGAUACGCUUUAGUUUGUUUUGUGAUCCCUGAAUAGAAUAGGAACACCGCAAACGCGAGUUAAUUUGAACAUCUUUUGCAUUGUUAGUCCGUUAAAAUUACUUAACCGUAGUUUGAUUAUUUGCUUCGUUCAAGCGAUGUUAACUGUUUUCGCCCUUUUUUAGUAGAAAAUUAUAACGAAUCAGCAAGUUCGGGUCUUCAGGGAGCGGGUUUAGCGGGCUUAGGAGCCAAUCGUGUGUAUAUAAACGUUACAAUUUCGACGGUUGGUUCGCUCAAACUAUCCUGGGAUCCAAGAAAUUCUGUUCCACUCAAAUGCCUCAAUGGCUUAUUACAAAACAGUCACGAAAAUCCAGUAUCAAGGAUCGAUAAGGAACUUAAAUUAAGACGGUAUUACUGUAAUGCUGUUAUUCAAAUAAAGGAAAAGAAAAGCUUGAAAUAUUAACUUUUUAAUCGUUGACUGCGUCAAAGAAGGAUUUGAAUAUUAGCCAUUUGUGACUUGACCUUGUCAUCUGUUGCGUGCUGAAGCGCAACCUCGUUCCCAGGCUCUCUCUCUCCUCUGUCUCCUUUGUCAUGUCGUUGGGAGAAUACAUUUUUUUUUACGUAUGACGUCUCAUCAAAGUAAAAACAAAUGGCUCUGAUAAAGGUUACAAAUAAUAUCACUAAAGAUGGUUGCCCAGUCUUAUUAGCCCAUUAAGGUUAUUUCGGGCAGCCAUGUACUCUUUUUAUUUCAACUUAUUUUUGUUCAUUUAAUUUCUAGUUGAGUACAAAUAAAGUUGUU